CCAAAGUUUUACCAAUUCUACCACCUAUAUUUGUUAAACCAGAAGUAUCAGAAGAAUUAGAAAACCUGGGUUCCUUCAAUAACUUUGAAUUUGAAGAUAAGAUUUUAAAAAAAGUCAAAAGAUACCUAGCUAA